AAUUCGGGUCAAGAUCAUGCUCGCCCGCCGCAUCCUUGCGUCGCCGCUGCGCCGACCAAUCGCGCUGCUUCGCCAUGCGUCCUCGUUCCAGUCGCUUGGUCUUAGUCCCGAGCUUGUCGACGCGCUCGAUGCCAAGUCGAUUGCUUCGCCGACCGACAUCCAAGCCAAGACGAUCAAGGCCGCGCUGGACGGCGCCAAUGUGAUCUGCACGGAUGCCACGGGCAGUGGCAAGACGCUGGCGUACCUCCUUCCCGUCAUUGAAAAGCUGCGUCGGUCCGAGCGUGCGGCCGCCAAGAAGAGUGACGUACCGCUGACGCGCGAGGUGAGUCGCCCCAAGGCGAUCGUGCUCGUGCCCAGCCGCGAACUCGGUCUUCAAGUCGGCGCCGUCGCGCGGGACCUUGCGCACUACGCCAAGUUCUCGUCUUGCGUCAUCACUGGUGGCAGCGCGCACAAGCCGCAAAAGAACGCGCUCGCCCGACCGGUCGACGUCCUCGUCGCGACGCCUGGCCGGCUCGCCAUGUUCCUCAAGAGCGGCCAUGUCUUCGUGUCGCGCGUCGAGUACGUCAUUAUCGACGAAGCCGACACGCUUCUGGACAAGAAGAUGGGGUUCCGUGGCAUCAUGGACGAGAUCCUCAAGCCCAUCGAGGCGAGUGCGGCGGCCAAGGCGCGCAAGGUGCAGUACCUCCUCGCCGCCGCCACCGUUAAACCGCCGAUGGACGAGGUUUUCUCAAGCGGCUUCAAGGAUCUCAAAUGGGUCUCUGGCGCAACGGUGCACCAAACGCCGACCGCGAUCACAGAAGAGUUUAUUCGCGUGCCGGGCUCGGAUGGCAAGCACGCGGCGCUGCGCGAGUCGCUAUCGUACCUCCAGGACGGCAAGACGAUUGUGUUUUGCAACUCGACCUCCAGCUGCCGGUCCACUGAGCACAUGCUCCACGAGCACGGGUACAAGUCGACGUCGCUUCACGGCGACAUCCCGCCGGUGGUGCGCAAGAAGAACUUUGAGUCGUUCCAGGCCGACGCUUCGAUCCUCGUGUGCACCGACCUGGCAGCGCGCGGCCUCGACCUCACGGCUGUCGACCACGUCAUUAAUUUCGACUUUCCGAAAUCGUCGGUCGACUACCUCCACCGCGCCGGGUACGAUGCGAAGCUGUGCAUGGCGCGGGAUGUCACGUCGCUCAUUACCAAGCACGACGCGGCCGCGGCGCGCUUGCUUGCGGACGCCAAGGGCCGUCGCAAGCCCAUCGCCGACAUGUCCACAGACGGCACGAUCAAGCUGCCCAAGUACAAGGCGCCGAGCGACGCGACGGCUUCGGCCAAGCCGGUGACCAAGCGUCCGCUGCACCCGCGCUUCAAAGGCACGCGGAAGCUCAAGGCCCACAAGAUUCGAACGUGGCGCAAAUAA